UUUUGGAAGAAUUAUUCAUCGGGACAAGCCAUGAUUAAUAUUCACGUAAUGGUGAUUUUGUUGCUGAGCGUCAAGCAGAGCUUUGGACUUGACGUAAAUAUAACAAAAAAAAUCCACCAAGCGGCAGGCACACUGUACAGGGUAAAUUUUAAAAAAAAGUUACAGUUGAAAAUUCCCGAAGUAUGUGCCAAGCUCAAGUUUUGUGAGGAUAUACCCGAUUUUCCGGAUGAUCAAAUUUCACAAUUAAUUGAUUUAUUGGUGGCUGAUAAUAUCCAUUUCAAUCGUGAUCUUCCCGACGAGGGCGAAGACAAACACAUUCAUCUAUGCCGUUCAGAAUCAACUAUAUACCAACCGAAGGCAGUGAAGGUUAAUGACGAUUGGCAUAUAGUCUUAAACGCUAAGAACAAAAUUGUUCAAUCGUUCAAAGGAGGAAGAUGUUUGGACGAACUAAAUGGUUCUUGCUCAGAGUUGGUAACCUUCAAAAGAAACUAUUACGGGCAAUGUGUCCAAAAUUAUAUGGGACGACCUGUAAUCAUGCUUAGUACAAACUACGAGGAAGUCAUUAGUGUACCUCUAUUAUUACCAAGUUGUUGUUCCUGCGUGGCCAGCUCACGCCUUUGACUUUACGUCACUGUUUCAUAUGAAAUGGUUUGGACCUUCUCGAUUUCUUUUCCUGACUAAUAUAACGCUUGUUAAUAUGUUUUAGAGAACCGAAAGCAUAAACCACGGUUCGACAUUAAUAAUAUUUACUAUAUAGACAAAAAAAAUAAAUGCUUGCUA